GUAAUUGUAUAUGAAAAAAAAUGUUACAUAUAUCGUAUACAUUGAUUACAGCAUCUUAGCAUAAUCCUGUUGUAGUCGCACAAUUUACAUGGCUCUAAAUUAUAAAUAUGGAAUUGAAAUACGAUGAAAAUUUAUCCGAGAAUUCAUUUCUUCAGACAAUCCAAAAUGAUUAUAUUGAUAUAUUUCAAAAAGUUAUUGAAAAUAAUUUAAUUAUUUGUGUUCCUUGUCAAGGAAGUUUCAAAGAUAAUUGUAUUAUCACUGAGGAAAUUAUCUCACACCAUAUUUUAAUACCAAUUGACGAUGAAAAAACCGGAUCUUCAUUUAAAACGCUUGCGGGUGAACAAUUAAUUUUAAAAGACAGAUUAUUAACUAGUCAGAAUAAACAUAAAAUUUGCACGUCACGACUUCUUUUUGAGGAAACAUUCUACACCGAUUAUUUAUCUAAAUACAUUGUUUGGUGUAUUGAAAAUUCACUAACUUAUGAUUUACUAAAUCAAAAUAAUAAAAAUGAUGUUGUAACAGUAUCAACUUUGGCAGAUUGUGUUAAUAUUCUUUGGACAGAUAUUCAAGAUUCAAAUUUUUUUCGCGAUCUUGAUACUUCCAUCGAAUCAUUUGAACACAUUCAUAAAAAUCUAGAAAAAGAAACACUCAAUAUACAACGGCGAUUAGUUGAAAAGUUAUAUCAAGAAUGUUUUUACAAGAUUUUAAGUUGUAAAAAAAUACAAAAGAAAACUAGUUUAAAUCCUUAUUAUCUCUAUUUGAUAAAAUUAGCUGUUGAGAGUUAUAUUCUUUAUGGCCUACGUAAUCUUCUUCCUGCUGCAAUAUCAACAAAUACAUCGCAAAAAGAUGCCGAGUUAAAUAAAAUAAUAAAAAAUCUUGAUGAACUAGAAUUAAAAGACCUUGAUAUUCAUUAUGACAUUCAGACAGUUAUAACACGAGGAAAAAUGGAAUUAUCCCGUCUAGAUAGUUAUAUGACAGUACUUGGAAAAGUUGAGUGUCUCAAACGGUCUAUUCGUUAUAUUUCCCAGAGUUUGGGCACAAUUAGUUCUGAUGAUUUAUUACCAAUACUUAUUUUUAUUGUCAUAAAAACCGGUUUACCAAAUUGGACAGCACAAUUGGUGUUUAUGAAACAAUUUAGAUUUUCGGCAGAUAUUGUUAAUAAAGCAGAUGAAAUAGAUUUUCUCAUAACAUCUUUGGAAGCUGCUGUAGAACAUAUAAGGUCCGGAGUAUUAAUGAAAAAAUAUUUUAAAAUUUCCUCAGAUAGAUCUUUAGAAGAGACACAAGAGAAAAUAAGUAAUAAAAAACUGAAUGAGUUAUUUAUUGCAAUUGAAAAAGAUGAUCUCGAAGAAAUAGAGAAAAUUUUUAGUCAAAAACAACAAAAAUUAAUAUCAGAAUCAAAACUUUGCCAUCCAUUAUGUAGAUGUGAAAAUUGCGAGUGGAGUUUUACUGAGAUUGAAUUGACACAGUCUAGUUGGCCAACCGUAAAUUCCAAGGACAAUAGAGGCAGAACUGCGUUGCAUAUUGCAAGUAUUUAUGGACACGUAAUGAUAGUUGAUUUUUUAUUAGCAAACCAUGCUAAUCCAAAUGAACCUGAUAUCGAUGGAGUUACGCCAUUGCACUGUGCUACAUCACGAGGUCAUCAAAACACAGUAUUGCUGCUAUUACAAGCUAAUGCUGAUGCAAAUUUAGUAGACAAUCGUGGAAAUAGUCCUUUACAUUUAGCUGCUGAUCAUGGCCAUGAAACUUGUAUUAAAGCUAUUCUGUAUUUUUCAGAGCAAAUGGGAAUCACUCUUAAUAUCAAUUUUGCUAAUGUCAUUGGAAAUACUCCACUCUAUUACGCUUCAAAAUGGGGAUAUACAACUAUAGUUGAUAUUCUUUUGGAGUACGGAGCAAAUUCAAAAAUUGCUAAUAGACAUGGUCAAACACCUUUAAUUGUUGCACACAACAGUAAAAUUUUUCAAAAACUUGAACAGCAACAUUCAUAUAUUAUAGAGAAUGCCUUAAAAAUUUCACAUACUCCAUCUGUUAAUUGUAAAUUAAUUAAAUGUAUAAAAAAUCAAAAUCAAUCCCCUCCUCAGAUAAUAAACAAAACCGAUAAAUUGUUAGCUGCUAUUCGUGAAGGGGACAUUAGAUUAGCUUGUUACUAUUUAGGACUUGAAGGACCAUGCGCUAAAUCAAAUAUUGAUAAUAAUUCAACUCUUUGUCAUCCUUUAUGUGUCUGUGAAAAGUGUGCACCAUCAGCAGAGGAAAUUUGCGAUGAGCAUUAUCCUACAACUAUGUUAGGAAUAAAUGUGUCUAACACAAGAGGAGAGACUGCGCUUCAUGUAGCGUGUGCUAAUGGCCUUGUAGACUUAGUAGAAAUACUCUUAGAUGCUGGAGCUAAUGUUAAUGUUUGUACAAAUAAUGAAAAUCGCACUCCAUUACACUUUGCGUGUUCAAAUAGCAGAAUCAAAGUUGUAAAACUUUUAUUAAAUUGUUGUACUAUUAAUAUUAAUGUUAAAGACUUUGUAGGUAAUACUCCUUUACAUUUGGCUGCUAAGAAUGGUGAUUCCCACGUUGUUGAAUUAUUACUUAGACAUGGUGCAGAUGUAAACUCUCGUAAUUUUAAGGGUUCAACAGCUCUAGAUCAAAUUCAAGAGAAUUUAUCAGAUAAUGGAUUUACUCCGUUUAUAUACACCAAUGUUAUAAAAAUUCUAAAAGUACAUAUUGCAAUGAAUAAAAAUAGUCAUUUAGAAAGGUUUUAA